AUGUCUAGAAAUAGAAUAACUAAACAAAGAAAGAAAGACGAAAGUGGAUCCGCUGGAUCUCUGAAGAAGGAACCCAGAACGUACACUAUGGAAUUUCAACAGCAAAAAAGAAGAAAACAAAAACAAUUAGUAAAAAACUAUUUGGCAAACAUGAAUGCUUCAGGGGUCAACGUGAAUGAAGCUCGUCGAGCUGUUCCUGCAAGACAUCCUCGCCCCUUAUCCUCUGCUGAAAGAAAUCAGCAAGAACCUAGUUCGUCCUCUGCCAACAAUAGACCAAAUGGCGGAUCAAAUGUCAUUAACUUAGAUGAACUAACUGGAGAUGUUGAUGAGGAAGUCAAUACUUCCCUCUCAGACAGAUAUCUCAAGUGGCAAGAUCUCAGUGAAGUGCUUUUGAAGAGCUAUAUAGAAAGCCACGAAUUGCAUGGCCAUGCCGAUCCAUGCCUCGACGCGCCGAUAAUUAUUGGAACGAAGCCCCAAAGCUGCGAUUGUACCUCCCGAAUCACUUCAUGGUCUAUCAAUGGGUUCAUGAUGUUUAGUAAAUACAAAAACCAAAGGAAAAACUUCCAAAUGUGA